AAAAAAAAUAAUAAUAAUAAAAGAAAAAAUGAGGUUUCGGCUGCUUAAGAGGAAUCUGCUCGCGCUGUUGGGUGUUUCCUUUGUAGUUGUGACUCUCCUGUUUUCAACACGUGUGUUAUUAGUUUCCGAUAAUGACACAACUGUACCUAAUGAUGAUGAUGAUGACGUCAGUGGGGAUAAUAAGUGCACGCGCUCUGGUGCCGCGGCGAAGUUUAACUUCGGCUCGCUCGCGGAGCUGACUAAGUCCGUUUACAAUGCCAAUUACAGGCAGUGCGUUCACAACGCGGAUAGGUUCCCAGGGGAGCCCGGACUGGUGCUGGUCGUGCAGGUCCACAACAGGCCUGAAUACCUCCGACUGCUCGUCAAGUCGCUGGAGAAAGCGGCCGAAGUCCACAGCUUCCUCCUCAUCUUCAGCCAUGACUACUUUUCAGAGGAAAUGAACGCCAUUGUGCAAGGGAUAACUUUCUGCAAAGUCCUGCAAAUCUAUUUCCCCUUCAGCACUCAGCUGUAUCCCGAGGAGUUUCCUGGAAAGGAUCCGAGGGACUGCUCCCGAGACCUGUCCAAGGACGACGCUCUCAAAACAGGAUGCCUGAACGCGGAACACCCGGACUCGUACGGACACUACAGGGAGGCGUUCAUCACUCAAACCAAACACCACUGGUGGUGGAAAUUGCACUUUGUGUGGGAGCGAGUGCAGGCCAUGCAGGGCUACAGUGGCUUUGUAGUCUUUCUGGAGGAGGACAACUACAUAUUACCAGACUUUUUCCAUUUCUAUAAAUCGAUGAUGGAGUUCAGGAAGAGCAGCUGCCCGGAUUGUGACAUGCUGUCCUUGGGCAACCACAAUGGACUGACCGAUUUCACCAGACUGUCCAGUAAGGUGUCGACCACUGGGUGGAUGUCCACUAAACACAACAUAGGCAUGGCCAUCUCCAGGGAGGUGUACUACAAACUGAUGGGCUGCAACAACGAAUUCUGCACCUAUGACGACUACAACUGGGACUGGACUCUGCAGCACCUGUCGGGAACCUGCAUAUCGAAGCCCGUCAAAGUGCUUGCGGCGCAGGGCUCCAGGGUUCUCCACACGGGAGACUGUGGCCUUCACCAGAAGGAGAACUGCAGGCCAGAAUGGGCCUCGCAGAAAGUAGAGGAGAGCCUUCUAGCGGCCAACGACGGCCUCUUCCCGCCGUCUCUUGUCCUUAAUGGCGCAGAAGGAGUUGAGCACAAGGCGCACAUGAAGAAUGGCGGAUGGGGGGAUGUUCGAGACCAUAUUCUAUGCAAAAACUACGCCAAACGUCUUUGAACUGCCACCGUUGCGCUAAGUCAUGUCCUCCAUUGGUAUUCUGCGGAUGUGCCAUUCAUUCAUAACUUUUCAGGGUUUCAGAGGAUGCAGUGGGUUGCGUUUUUUUUUUUUUCACUCGGGAGUGUACUAAUGUUCUCUUCCAGCAAGGUCUUCGAAGAAAAGGGACCGAAUCAAGUCCAAAAAAAAUGCUGCUGGUACACAGCUAGACGUCAGCUUGUUUUGUGUGUUUUAAAUCGCCAAAGCUGCACAGUUGCCAAAGACAUUUUUUGAAAUUUGUGUUGUGUUGAAUGCAGCCAAUCAUGUUGCCAGGUUUGUUUACUGUAUCUCUGGGUGUUUUCACAAGCCAAAACAUUAUACAUAUAUACAUACAUACAUACAUACAUACAUACAUACAUGAACAAAUUUGCAAUUUUAUUUGCAAAUAUAUUUUUUUCUUGACUGGGAAUGUGUUGCAAAGGGUGUUGUUAAUAUGCAGUUUAUUCACAACAAGUUAACCCAAGUUAAAACGGUGUGUUUUUGUGUGUGAUGAAUGGCUGCCUGCCAUUUCUUUUAUGACCCAUUCAGCUGGAAUGCUUUUGCAUGUGCUCUUUAAUGGUACGAUUUUUAAAUUGCAACAACAAAAGUCUGUACUGUACAGACUUUAAUUAAAAAAAAAAAAAAAAAAGUGUAAGACAAUCUGAAAUAGAAUUGUGGGUGGGGAAGUUGUAGUUUAUACAGCAAUCUUUUUUUUUUUUUUUUUUUUUUUUCAAGUUGACCAUUGACCAUAAUGUCAAAAAAAUGAUUUAAUGCAUAUAAUGGACUUUGUUACUGUAACCAGGGGUCUUUUUCUUUUGAGUUUAGGUCAACUGGUACCACUUACUUAAUCAGUCUCCUACUCCCCACUGUAAUGACCCCUGGUUGCAACAAGAGCGCUGGCUUGAUAUUGAUUUUUUUUUUUUUUUUUCUUUUGGUUGUGACGCUUAUUUGCUUUCUGAUAGGUGGAAAGUGACCUUUUGGAGUCUUGUUCAAGAUCUUUUGUUCUGCAAACAUCAGGGGGGAUCUGUGAUUUGGCAUUCCUAUAUUUGCACCUUCUGUUUUAAUUUCUUUUGGGAUAUUUUAUCCAAAUGAAAACCGAAUGAAUUGUUUUUGGGUUUUAUAAAAAUGCAUUUCUGUUCCUUUUUUCUGGCAUUCGCUAAUAAUCCAACUAUAACUGAAGUUGUGUUAUUUCAUUUGAAUUAGUUAUCAACACAAGCAUAUUGAUGCAAUUCUUGCCUUUUUAAAGCUGACAAAGUGCCUUGAUUGUUAUUUGUACCAUUUUUAAAGAGAUUUUUAAAGGUGCACUGAUAACAUUGUUGUUGACAAAGUGGAAAUGCAUUUGUAAGUGCUGGGGACUUGUGUUUAUAUAUUUGUAUGUCUUUCUUCAUGAGAUGUUGAGGGGAAAAUGGAAUGUGAAUGUCUAUUUCACAAAAAAUCUUCAUUGUACAAUUAGGUAAAAAUAUUUUGCAUCGCUCUGGCAUCUUGUAACUGGUGACAGCAGCUCCAGAUAAGUGGUUCAAUCGGAUAUUGGUUCACCUCAGUGUGCCUUAUGGAGAUUCCUGGUAAAAUAAUAUGAAAUGAAUGUGAUAAUGAAAUAAAUAAGAUUUUUAUUUCUUGAAAAGCACAAUUAUUUUUUUAAAAGGAACAUGGCAAAGAUGGCCUAAUAAAUAAAGAUGUACUAUACUGUGUCUAUGCCGGAUGUUUGAUUCCUUAGUUGGUUGAGAAUAAGACCAACUUUUUUUGUUUUCUAUCUUUUCUUUCUGAUAAUCACUUGAAAUAGCUGUUCAUUGUUCAUUGUUCACCUAUUGUCUGCCAAAUGGAAAAAUAAAAGGCUGAACUUUU